AUGCGCCUGUACUUACAUCCCAUUCUCUCGGUCUUUGCUGAUCUCUUGCUCUGUGGCUGCGUCGUUUGUAACCCAUGCUUUUCUGCAAUGGUUACGUGGGAGGUUGACAGGGAACCCAGAGGUUGUCUUACAACUGACUCCGGAGACGGGGAAGUGUCACACCUUGUUCUUGUUGUUGUCGUUGCUGCCGCCGCGAUGGUGGUGGUUUCCACGCGCACUGCUGCAGGCCUUGCAAAUUGUCUGUCUUCUUCUUGCUUUUCGCUCUGGUACACCGAUUUUUUGUCCCUACUCCUUCUUGCUUUCUGUUCCUUCCUCCGCAUGUGUGCGUGUGUGUGUGAAGCUCGCAUGCUGGGUGCGUGGGCGAAGGAGGCCGGGGUUUUAUCUGUGCUUCGAGGAAUGACCGUCCGGGUUGGUGUUUCGUUUGACCUACUGGGCACCUUGGUGGAGGUGUACCCGUCCUCGGGGCAUCAGUACGCCGUUGACAUCCGUCGCUUUCUUUCGAAGAAAGGGGUGGAGUUUCCGCCAAUCGACGUGGAAAAAAUGGAGGAAGCCUCCACUAAGUGUUUGAAGGAAGAACUUCAAAGGGACCGUGCGAUGUGGGAGGCCCAAAAAUUGGGGGCCGGAAAAGAGAUGCCCAUUGGCGGUCUGACGAAGGCGUCUGUGUUUGACUUUUGGGGCCGUGUUGUCGAUGCCACACUCGCCUCUGACGGAGACUCCUACAACAAUGACGAGAAAGUAAUGGCCAUCAUACGGCAGGCGCGGAAUACGCCGGAGUGGACCGAGUUUCUUGAGGAUGUGGUGCAGCGCUUUGCCACGCCGGAGCCGUACGGUUGGCUCCCUGAGGCGCUUCCAACGCUGAAGGCGCUGAAGCAGUGGCGGGAAACGCAGCUUCCCCUCGGCGUUGCAUGUGACCCUCCGACCGUGAUAACAAACGCCGACUAUCGGCUAGUUGAUAUGAUUCGUGAGAUGGUGAAGCGUGACGGCGAGGAUGCGCUGAUUGGCCCUGUGCUUACCGCCGACACGAUUGGCGUGGGCAAACCUUCUCCUCGUGGGCUUGAGCUGGCGCGUACGAAGUCGGGCGUCACAUCCGCGAGACACUGGAUUCAUAUGGGCGACACCACGGCAGACCGGGUGGCAGCUGAGCGGGCAGGGUGCCAUUUUCUCUCCUGCUCUUCCAAGAGAGGCCCGGUGUGGGAGGAGCUGCGACAGAAGCUAGAAGAGAUCUGUGGCUCCAUUUCGCACGUUUCUUCUAUGAACUGA